AUGGCCGCGGCCAUCCCGAACGGAGUGCGAUGGAUCCCUGGCUUCGAGAAUCGGCAAGUUUACGCCGGCCCGGCUUUCCGGCGAAGUCCUGCAAUAGUGGAGGAGGGCCGAGGGCUAGUUGACCCGGAGAUGCCUCCUCUGGAAGAGCGGGUUUAUUUGGUCACCGGUGCGACCAAGGGACAUGGCCUUGAAACUGCCAUGCGGCUUCUGGACUCCGGCUGCUCGGUCAUCCUUCACGGCAAGUCAGAAGAUCUAUUGAAGCGAUACCUCUCUGAUCUGAGUGAUUCCUUUGAGACGCACAAGAUUGAUGGCUUCGAGUGUGACUUGCAGGAAAUGGAAGAUGUCGAGGCACUUGCGAGUUUGAUAGCAGAACGGCACCCUCGAAUCCAUGGAAUUCUUCACAAUGCUGCCACCAUCGACGGAUCCUUCACGGGGAAGAGGAGGUACACUUUCAAUUUCCAUGCCGAACAAACGAUGGCAGUAAAUGCGCUGGCACCCUUCUAUCUCACCUCUCUGCUGCUGCCCCAGCUUGAAGCUGCAGGCAAUGCCAGGGUCAUGUUCGCGACGUCUCCGACGAUGGGAGGUUCUGACCACCUCGACGACUUGAAAUGCGAGCGCUAUUGGACUGGGCUGCAUUCUUAUCGCUUGAGCAAGCUUUGUUUGGAGAUGGUCGCAAAGGAGAUGCAUCUGCGAUACGGAGCUGCACCCAACCUGACCUUUCAUAGCUUCAACCCUGGAACGGCGGACACAAAGCUCAUGCGUCAAGGGACUGUCUACGGCGCUGGCAAGAAGAUGGGCCGCGGCCGCAAAAUAGUCAAGACAGAACAGCCGAAUUAUCUUCCAGCACCGCGAGUUCGGAAAGCAGCUUACUUCGCAAUGGUCGAUGACAAGUACCAGCGUGAGAGCGGUCACUUUGUCGGCGACGCAGAGAAGAUGCCACAGGUCAUUCAAGAUGCCGCAGCUCGCGAGAAGCUGUGGCAGGAGUUUGUCGAGCUGACGGGGGCGCAGUGGCCUGAAGCGAGGGCCAAAGUAAGAACCGAGGAGGAAGGCGUUCUCCUUGCGUAA